UUUCCCAGUCGUUCGCGUAACGUAAGCAAGUGUAGUACGUCCACCAAUAGUGCACCUGCCAAAAGAAAAAAAAAACAUUCACAAUUGUUUAAGUUAUCAACAUUCGAAGACAUUCUUUCAAUUCAAAGAAAGAAAUCGCAGAGAUAGCAUCACUAAAAUGUGAAAAAAGAUUUCACGUGCACAAAGAAAAAAGGGCGAAUCAUAUCACCAUUACGAUUACCCUAGGAUAAUUUCGGGUCUAUUGUAAAGGUUGAAUAAAUUUAUUCAAGUAUGAGCAGAGAGACACCACAAAAUCGAAAAACACGUUCAGCCUCGAUUUGCGCUCCUGGAUUUUCCAGUAUGGAGCAAAUAUUGAGCACGGUAUCAAUGUCGGAUGUAAAAGAAAGAGGAGAAAAAAAGGAACGUGAGGGCGAUAGUGGAACAGGUACCCCAGACAGUGGAAGUACACCGACUCGAAGACGACGUCCAGCUACAAGAUCACAAAGUGCUAGGGUAUCCGGAGGUAGCAAGAGCAUUCGUCGUAGAGCAGCUGCACAAGCAGCUAAUCACAAUCAUCAUCAUCAUCAUCAUCAUCAUCAACAUCAUCCACAUGGGGGUGGAAUGAAGUCUCCUCACUGCAGCAGUGAACCCAGGUUGACUGACAACGACACGAGUCCUGGUCUCAGACGAAGAGGCAGUCGACGUGGCCAGAGUAUGCACCACGUGCAUCACAGAAAAAGUAAUGCUUUUUUGGAUGUGCCUGAUAUCAACGCUCAGGCUAAUCAGCGGAGAGAGGACGAGGAUGAGGAGAGUUACAGAUUGAGAAGCUUCAGUCUCACGAGUAAAGGUGUUGUAAACAGAGGUGACUCCUUCCGGAGACGACGAUCGAGAUCGAAUUCACUGGCGCCGAAUGAUAACACUGAAACUGACCUGAAAAAUGUGCAACAGGCGAAAAGAAUUAUUUCUUAUACUGUCGGAAUGCUCGGAGCACGUGGCGUUGGAAAAACCGCACUCAUCAGUCAAUUCAUGACUAGCGAAUGCAUCAACGCUUAUGAUCGUCAAAGAGAUGAUGUACCCAGCGAACAAUCAGUUUUUGUUAUGUUAAAUGGGGAAGAGAGUGAAUUAAAGUUCGAGAAUAUAACAAAUUUGAAGACAGAGUUGGACCAAAUACCUGAGGUUGAUGCCUUCAUUAUAAUGUACUCUGUCAUUGACAAAGCCUCUUUUCAACGAGUUGAAGAAUAUCUAGCUCAACUUCACGAUCGCGAUUUGCUCCGAACUCGUCCCGUUAUUCUCGUUGGCAAUAAAGUCGAUCUGGUUCGAUCGAGAGCUGUUUCGAUUCAAGAUGGAAAAUGUAUCGCGUGUACCUAUCGUGCCAAAUUUAUAGAAAUAUCCGUAGGAAUAAAUCACAAUGUCGAUGACUUGCUCGUAGGUAUUUUGAAUCAAAUACGAUUGAAGAGUCGUCAUUUAGAAAACAAGGGAGCCAAUUGUGGCACUAGUGAAAGCGGUAAUACACACUGGUAUAAAUCGAGAGGUGUUAUUCGAGCUAGUAUGAAAGCCCGACAAAUGUUGACAUGGCUAUUUGGAAAAGAGAACAGUAAAUUUAAAAAUUGUGAAAAUUUACAUGUUUUGUAAAGUACGUUAUUUAUGGUACUAUCCAGAGUCUGCAUUCAAUGGCCUUUGGAUAAAGUUCAAAAUUUAUUUCAUUGUUCGAUGUAUAGUUAAUUGGACCAACAUUUCAUAUCGAAUGUUCAGUACUAAUCAAUUUAGACAGUAAUUCACAAAAAUUCAUAGAUUUUGAUAUCAUUUGUAUCGCGUAUCACUUAUCACAUCAAUUCUCCUAUAUAUUCUUAUUAUUCUGGUGCAUUAUUUGUGUGAUAUGAAAAAUUCAAUGUGUGUUGAUAAAAAAAAAAGGAAAUCGGUUAUUUGGGUAUGGAGUGACAUAUUAUAGAUACAAAUUCACUUUUCAUCAAAGUAUUUUUAACUUCAUUCGUGUUCUUUCAACCAAAAACCAAACGGACGAUAAAAAAAAAGCCGGUCUUCCUCAAAUAAAUACUCCAUAAAGUGCCGAAUCAAUUAUAACGUAGAGUGAAUGAAAUUUUUGAGACAUUGAUAUUAAAUAUGAAUCGAUACAUGAAUGAGUCUCUUUGAGAGAAUAAUUUUUUUUUGAAAAUUCCAUAAUUUUAGUUGGGAACAUUUGAUUAUAA